AUGCCAUCUGCACACACGCUGUUGCCUGUGCCACCCGCAGUCAAAUCACAUCCACCCAGCCCUCAAGACUCCAAUCAAGGAAGGGAACUCACUGAAAGGGAGCACCUAGACAUUCUGGUGACGCCUCAGGAUGCUCCUGGUGUCCCUGUGCCUCCGGAUUUGAUCCCUGUCACAUCCCAGAAUGACCCCAUCACUGCUGCCGACACUCCUAACAAGGAGACAUUGACUUAUGAGCACCAGGGACAUCCCUGCCAAAAUGUGCAGCCAUCUGAGUACUUGCAACACCUUGAACAAGAAGAAGGCAUCACAACCAGCCUUCCAAGGUCCCUCUUUCUAACAGCAAGUCUUGUGGCUGGUCCAGGUGCAGUAGAGUCGAGUGCCACAUAG